CUUCUCUUGGCUCCAACUCUAGCACACCAUCACAAAUCUCGCUCAUCUCCAAAGAUACGAUACACGGCGAGCAUCUCUUUGCUCUCUCACCCACUCCCCUUGUCUGCAUAAGCGCGCGGACACGCUCCACGCCUUAUAGCACGCCCCCCCCGACACGGCUAGCCUCCUCGUCAACCUCCGUCCCGUGCGCUGCUCGGGCCCUCCAAGGUCGACGCCGGAGCGAUGUACGCCUCGGGACACGCCCCAGCUUAUGGUGCACCGCCGGUCAACUACCCCGUCCGUCCGGGCCCGGGAUUCGUCCCUCCUCAGCAUCAUGGUGGCAUGUACGCGCCGGGCGUCAUGAGCCCGCCACAGCAGUACGCUGCACAGCCGGCAGGGUACCGACCAUCGGCGGCGGCGUAUGCUGGCGGCGGCGGCUUCCAGCAGCAACAGGCGGCUCCUCUUCCUCCGCCUCCGCAGCAGCAGGCGCAGCACCCGGCUCCCCGGCACAAGGGCACGCUGCCGCCCGGCCAGAUGGUCAAGGUCGGCAACAACGUCGUCCGCGUCGAGCGGUAUCUGUCCGAGGGCGGGUACGCCCACGUCUACCUCACCAGCUCGGACAAGCCAAUCUACCCACCACCGCGGGGGAGCACGCCCAAAGGCAGGUGGGGGGAGAAGGGGUUCACCGAGCACUGCCUCAAGCGCAUCGCGUUCAAGGACGAGGCCGUCUGGGCCGACGUGAGCAAGGAGAUCGAGGUCAUGAAAUCACUCCCGCCAUCUCCGCACCUAGUGCAGUUUCUCGACUCGGCACACAACCGCCUGCCGAACGGCACACACGAGGUGUUUAUCCUUAUGGAGUUUUGUUCGGGUGGUGGCAUCAUCGACCUUUUGAAUAAGCGGCUUCGAGACAGGCUCAAGGAGAUUGAAAUCCUCAACAUCUUUACAGACGUAUGCGAGGCCGUUGCGGCCAUGCACGCUUGCUCGCCCCAGCUCCUGCAUCGCGACUUGAAAAUCGAGAAUGUCCUCUCACAUCCGCUCCACGCCGCGCCGACACCUGGACGACCGACGCCGUUGACGUUCAAGCUGUGCGACUUUGGCUCCACCACAUUCCCGGCCGCGCACCCGCCCACGUCCAAGGCGCAGGCCGAUGCCCUGGCUGCCGAUCUGAACAAGCACACGACCCUGCAGUACCGCAGUCCAGAGAUGGUCGAGCCAAUGCUCGGCUGGGCUGUCGGUCUCCCAAGUGACGUCUGGGCACUCGGCGUGCUGCUCUACAAACUCUGCUACUACACGACGCCGUUCGAAGAGCAUGGUACCCUUGCCAUUGUUAAUGCAAAGUACACAUUCCCCCAGUUCCCCAUCUACUCGCCCAAGCUCCAGCACCUAAUUGCAUCCAUGCUCGUCGAACACCCCGCGCGCCGACCGACCGUAUUCGAAGUUCUCAAAGUCGCUCACGAGAUGAGCGGCACACGCCCACUGAUAGACUACCCCGCACCUAAUCGUAAUAUCCGUGCAUCUGGUUUCCAACAGGCACCGCCAAAGCCGGCGGCAGACAAGCACAACUCGCUCGACUUUACAGACGCCAAGGCGUCAGCGAGCGCGGCAGCGGCAGAGCCUUCGCUCGCCAGCACCAUCACUCCACAGCGCCGUGGUCGGCCCAACAGAGAUUCCAUGUCGGCCAGCCAGCCACCGCAGAUCGGACGGCUGCCACCAAUGCCGCAGUUGCCCCCUGGCGUCACGGCAUCGGCGUCGCCGGUUGCUGCGCCGGCGCAGCUAACCAAGCCCAAGUUGCAGGUCACGGGCGACAAGCCAGCGCCGUCGACCAGCCCUGUCAAGAGCAUGUACGGAGCCGUUGGAGGCUUUGCCGGCGCCAAACCUCGACCGCAAAGCUCCUACAUGCCAUCCAAGCCAGUCUUACAGAGACUCAAUGUCACUGGCGGCGAACAGCCAAAACGCAACACGCCGUCGCCGCAGACUGGAAUGGAUGCCUUUGGCCUGCCGUCGAAGAGCAACAAGCCAGCGCCGUCGCCCGGCGGGUUCGGCGAUGCGUUUGGCGCGCCGAUCAAGUCGCCCGCGAGUGCCAACACCCCUGGAGGGUUCAGCGACUCGUUUGGUUCGGCCAGGACCACGCCGGUGGCUUCUCGGCAGUUUAGCGAUUCCUUCGGAGGCAGCUUCACAUCGAGCUCGGCUUCCCGACAACCUCCACCACCCACACUGCCUGCAGGUGUAUCAGGCUUCGGCGACUCCUUCACUGGUGGUACAAAGCCCAAGCCGCCAUCGCCAACGACCGUACAGAAGCCCCCAUCGCCUGUCGUCCGCCCGCCAUCACCAAAGCCCGUCCCUGCUGGCGAGCUCACGUUCGAGCAGCGCUUCCCCUCUAUCGACGACCUCGAAGGCGAGAAGUCGGCCACGCCCCCUCCCACAUCACCGAAACCCACCCAUGCCAAGCGCCCAUCUAUUGUCAAGGCCAACCUUACAGGAGGGAACCUUGGCGUCUCGCACUCGCACACGUUGCCCGAGACCAUCAAGCCAAUCCCGCGGUCGACCCAGGUCACGGGCACGGCGUUCAAGGCGGACCAAAACCUCCGACCGCCUCUCGAGGCCGACUCGGGCGAGCCUUCCCCUACGGCCGACUACUUGGACCUGUUAGGUGACGAUGACGAAGAGCCCCCAAGCCGCGCCAACAACGACUUCUUGGGCGACGACGAGGGGUCAUCGCAAGUGCUUUUGCCUUCGCUCAGGCCGCAGCUGUCCAACCAGAAGACGUCGGGGUCGCGCUUCGGCGUCACACCUCCCGUUGUCGCUCCCAAGCCAGCUGCCGUGUCAGCUGCACCCAUUGCGGCACCUACCUUGACCAAGACGGAAGCCACGCCCACCAAGCUGGAGGGAGCGGCACAGCGUGCCACGUUACCUCCCAUCUCUGCCGUUCGCCCUUCCAGAAACUUCAACUCGGAGCAGUGGUCUCCUCUCGAAGCCAUGCGGAACGGCAACAACCGGAACGCGCCGCCGAUUCGUCCGCCGUCACCAUCGCCUCCGUCCACGGCAAACAAGCCCACGUAUUCGUCUCUCGAGAUAGACUCGAGCGACGACGAGGCGGUGCCAGAAGACGCGUAUCGUACAGAGCACCGCCCAUCGUCAGGAUCGCAGGAGCACGGCUCGCAGUCUCCUGGAGUUUCAAGACGUAGAUCUUGGUUUGAGCAGCCACUGCCGUCGCCGGGGCUUACGUCGUCUGGGCGAUCACGACCCCAAACCAUGUACGGUGGACCCACGAGCCCACCGGUCUCUGCGUCAACAGCCGACGCUGCCGAGCCGAGUCAUGCUCGACGUGGCAGCAUCAACGACAUGGUCUCUCGCUACGAAUCCUUGUCGACUGGACCUACGUCUCCAAAGAAAGACACAUCCGUCCUAUCGGCAAACGGACACGGGCACGGUCGACCUCCGAGUGGGGUUGCGCGUAAACCAAGCCUUGUACACAAGCCUCCCCCCACGGUCGCUGCCAAGCCUCAAGCGCUGCGCAACAACCCCAGUAACACCGCUGAUAGGGUAUCGUCGGCACCGGGAGCGGGCCCGGCAAGCCGCGACGACGCGUCGUCGGUUCCGGCCAGCGGCAUGGCGCCAUCGUCACGUCCUCCCCCUGCUACGCAGCCCAAGCCCGCCUCGCUUCGACAAGCCGUCAAGCAUGGCGACAUGCCCCAGGUGGAUGGUUACUCCAAGUCGUCGUCUGGGCGUUCGUUCCCAGUGGUACGACCGGCGGCCGGCUUCGGGAAACCCGAACAGAAGGGAGCCGGCGGCACCGGUUCGGCGGAUCAGAGCACGAGAGUCCGCAGCAGCAGCAGCGUCGGUGGCACGGUUCCAGCCGCAGCUACAGUGCCGCCUGUUCGACGUGGCAGUGGCAGCUCGAGUCGAUCGUCGAGCCCCGAGAAGCAGCAACCUGUCAAUCUCUUGAUCCAGCGCUGGAACAAGGGCGAGGUCAAGGGAAAGCAUGGAGCCGGCGCCGGUCCCGGCCAGCACUAGGGGUCUGUCUGUUGUGGCUGUCUUUUUUUCUCCCUUUCCUGCAGCCCGCAUAGGCAGAGAUAUGCCUCGGCCGUGAGCGCGGCUAGAAUCGGGUUGGGUCGUACGAGCAUGCAGUGUUGUAUCGGC